AUGCCGCCGAAAGGAUCAACCCAGAAAUCGCUCUCAUUCAAGGCGCAAUCGAAACCUAAAUCCUCCUUCGCCGCUUCUGCCAAGGACCAACUGAAAAGCAAAACAAAUCUCAAGAGCUCUACACCUUCCAAGCCGCUUACAGCAUCACUUCCACGCAAAACUUCACCUUCAAGCACCACCAAAGCAACGCCUCAGCAAGAUGCGGAGGACGCAAAACGACCAGACCUCGAUGUGGACGAUCCGCGAUGGGAUGGUGUUUGGCGCAAAACGAAAAAGAUCAUGAACGUACCGCCAUCCAAAGCGAUCCACAUUGAUCACGAGAACCGCAUCCAGCAGAUCUUGAGGGUGUUCGAUCUGGAUCCCAACUUUGGACCCUGCAUGGGCAUGUCCAGGCUAGAACGAUGGCAGAGAGCAAAGGAUCUGGAGUUGGAUCCUCCCCAAGAGAUUCACGAUAUCCUCAUCACAAAGCAAGGCGCAACAGAUCACAAGGAGAACGUCUUCACCUCACACGGCCUCUGA